AAAAACAAUUUCAAAACAACCGACCAAAACUCCAUACACCAACUAGAUUUUAACGAUAAAAUCCGUCAUUUAUAAGUUGCAAAAAUGUUUGCAUCUUGAACAACAACGAAAUUUAAAUGUGAUGAGGUAGAACAUAAUUAAGCAACAUAAGUUCAGAAUGUUAGCAACAUUGUGUGGAUGGAUAGAGGCUGUGGUCGCGUUGUUUGUAAACAUCUUUGCGACUUUUUAUAUUGUUGGGCGAAUCAUAACACAUACUUUGUCAGUAACUGGUGAUGCAUUGAUCGAGCUAGCCAAAGUAAUUGCUGCGUUUGCUGUGAGUUUUUAUGAGGAUACGACAAUGUUUAUGCAGGACAUUGACUAUCACUAUGGUGCUAUCAUCAAAAUGCUAAAUGCUGGCAUUGGCAAUUCAAUCAGCGAUAUCUCUCAAAUGGGAUUGGCUAUAUCGUCAUCGAUCACAUGGUUCGGUGAAAAAACGAAAUCGGAAACAAAUAAAAUGUUCAUGGGAAUACUUGAUUUGAUCACCUCUAGCGCAAUCAACAUCCGCAAUUGUUUCGUAUUGAUUGGAAACAGUGCUUGGAUGUUGCUGAUGUGCGUUCCCAAUUUCACCAUCUUGAUUGGGCGAAUUGUAUUUACAUGUGCAUUUUUCAUAUGGAAGAGUAUUGUGGAUACAAUCAAAUUAUCGGCUUCAGUUGCUUCGGAUUCGUUCAGUGUAACUGUGACAUUUUUUACAUCGGUUCCUUUGCAAUCGAUUUGCGGUCUUCUGUCAAUGUAUUUCAUAAUUAAAUAUCGGCAAUAUGUAUUUCGAAUGCUGAAAUUUGUAUAUCGAUGCAUGGCACGUGUAAUCAAGUACUUGGCACGUAAAAUAACCGCAGUGAUUAUGACUGUAUUCGAUUUUGUGGCAAUUUUAUUUAGUCCCUUGCGAAAUUGUUUGCCCAAUCUAUGGGAAUUGAGCUCAGUUCAGGGGGAUGAAGGCGAUUCAUCAACAACAAACUCGAUCAAAAUCGAUGCUUAUAAUUUUUGUGUGAUUUGUCAAGAUAAAAUGAAGUCAAUCGUUUUGCUGCCUUGUCGUCACUUGUGUUUGUGUUCAGAUUGCUUCAAACAAUUAAGACGCUAUCGAAAAGAAUGUCCAAUGUGCAGAAAAACAUACGACCAUUCAAUUCAAGUUUAUGCUUAGUUUCGUUUAGAUUUUAAGGAAACACAAAGAGACAUUUAUUUUAUUUUCCACUAUUUCUUUAAUACUGAAUUUGUCUAUGAUAAACAAAAAAUAUCGGAUCUGAAAUCAUCCAAAAGCACCAAAAUAAAGAGACUGCAGAUCACUAUCAAUUUAUUAAUUUUAUGACUGAAAAUAAAUAUUAAAGUAGAUUUGAACCAAAUAUUUUUUGAAAUAAAUAUUCCCAAUUUC